AUGGCGAGGCUCGGUCGGCUGGGCUUCCUGGGCAUUGCCGUCGUCUUCCACCUGAUCUACGCCUACUCCAUCUUCGACAUCUACUUCGUCUCACCCAUUGUGCGUGGAAUGAGAGCCUACGGAGUCGAUGCGCCCACAGCACCCGCCAAGCGACUCGUCCUUUAUGUUGGCGACGGCCUCCGAGCAGACAAAGCGUUCCAAUUCUUCCCCGAUCCAUCAAGGCCCGCCAACGAUACUUCGACAGAUGAGCUCGUGCCUUUAGCACCUUUCCUACGCUCUCGCGUCCUCGAACAUGGCACAUUCGGUGUCUCUCAUACUCGCGUACCCACCGAAUCACGGCCUGGACAUGUCGCAUUAAUAGCGGGACUCUAUGAGGAUGUCUCUGCGGUCGCGACAGGGUGGAAGCUGAACCCGGUCAACUUUGACAGCGUCUUUAAUCGAAGCAGUCACACAUGGAGUUGGGGAAGUCCAGAUAUCUUGCCUAUGUUCUCAACUGGUGCUGUUCCUGGUCGAGUAACAGAUGCCACAUAUGGCCAUGAAUUUGAGGAUUUCAGCAAGGAUGCCACGGAGCUUGACCACUGGGUCUUCGAUCGUGUGAAGCAGCUGUUCAAAGAUGCUGAGACCGAUCCCGUUCUCAAUGCGCAAUUGAACGAGGAGAAGAUAGUGUUCUUCCUGCAUCUGCUGGGGUUGGACACGACAGGACACGCCUAUCGUCCGUAUUCGAGAGAAUACUUGCGAAACAUUCAGAUAGUUGACAAAGGUGUUCAGGAGAUUACGGAGAUCAUCAACAACUUUUACAACGACCAUGACACCGCUUUUGUCUUCACAGCAGACCAUGGAAUGAGCGACUGGGGGAGCCAUGGUGACGGACAUCCAGACAACACCAGGACACCACUGAUCGCUUGGGGAUCUGGUGUCGCGAAGCCGAACACCGUCCGCAGAGGCAAAGCACCGGGACACGAAGACGGCUUCUCACACGAUUGGAGGCUUGAUCAUGUGCAACGCCAUGAUGUCAAUCAGGCCGACGUGGCUACACUCAUGGCAUACUUGGCCGGCCUCGAGUUUCCUGUGAACUCUGUGGGAGAGCUUCCACUAUCUUUCCUUGAUGCGACCGACGAGCAGAAAGCCCAAGCUAUGUUGACCAACUCCAAAGAGAUCCUGGAAAUGUAUCAUGUCAAGGAGCGACAGAAGAUGGCCACAGUCCUGCGCUACAAGCCAUAUCCUGGCUUUGCCGACGCCGAGCAUAGUGUUGAGAACAGGCUCGCAGGCAUCGAACAGCUCAUCCGAAAGCGUGAGUACAAGCAGGCCAUCGCCCGAUCAGACGAGUUGAUCAAGCUUGGCCUGGAGGGACUGCGAUACCUGCAGACUUAUGCUUGGCUCUUCCUCCGGACUCUCGUCACAGCAGGCUACGCAGGCUGGAUUGCCUUUGCAUUCACCACCGCCGUGGACGUCUACAUGUUAGACGGCAAGAUUGAGCCAGCAAGAUCCACGGGGCAUAUAAUUGCAUUUUCUUCUAUUCUCGUCAUUCUUUUCAGCCUGCUAUUCGUGGAGUCGUCACCAAUCACGUAUUAUGCCUACGCCAUCUUUCCAGUGGCCUUCUGGGAAGAAGUCUUCGCACGCCGACAAGCACUCAUUGAGGGCAGAAACAAGCUCUUCGCACAACUCACCACAGCCGAUGCCACUAAGCUGGCAUUGAAUGUGGCAGCAUAUUUUGCCCUUCUAGAAGUCAUGGUACAAAGCUAUUACCAUCGUCAGAUCUACACCAUUCUCUACCUUGCGGGCUCUGUAUGGCCUGUGCUGUAUGGUGCCGGAUUUGUCCAGAAGAACUGGCUUCUCUGCGCUACCUGGGCACUGGGCUGUGUUUCCAUGAGCAUCUUCACCUUGUUACCAGCUAUGAAAGUGGAAAGCUCCAAUCUCAUAUCGCUUGGAGGCUUUCUCAUUCUCAUGCUGGGAGUGCUGUAUAUCGCAUUCGAGAAGAGUCUGCUGGUCCAGUGUGCGCCAUCUAACUCUGGCUUGGCCGCUGCUGGCGCUGAUGGCGUCUCGAGAACAAUCCUCGGAGUGCAGGUCGGGCUUGUUGCACUUGCCAUCGCGGUCACAAGGUCGAGCGUAGCUUCCUUGCAAGCUAAAGCGGGCCUUCCACUGGGGACACAGAUCGUGGGCUGGGCCACACUCGUUGCAUCCUUGACAGUGCCCUUCCUACACGCGCUACGACCUCGAGAUCACUAUCUACACCGCUUGGCAAUCAUCUUCCUUGCCUUCGGUCCACUUUUCAUCAUUCUCACAAUCUCAUACGAGGGACUCUUCUACUUCGCCAUCUCGAUCACCCUAGUCUCCUGGGUCCGUCUCGAACAUCGUAUCCACCAAUCCUUCAGCAAACCUUCAGCCCUCGCAACAGGUGACUACCGCAGCCUCACCCUUUCCGACGCUCGAAUCUGCCUCUUCUUCCUCUUCCUUCUCCAAUCCGCCUUCUUCAGCACCGGAAACAUCGCAUCCGUCUCCUCCUUCUCCUUGGACGCAGUCUACCGCCUCAUCCCAGUCUUCGAUCCUUUCAGCCAAGGCGCCCUCCUCCUCCUCAAACUCCUCGCUCCGUUUGCUCUCGUAAGCGCCAAUCUUGGAAUUCUGACGAAACGACUCCGUCUCAGAGGCGGAUCACUUUUCGCCGUAGUCAUGGGAAUCGGAGACUACUUGACCCUCCGUUUCUUCUGGGAAGUCAGGGAUGAGGGUUCGUGGUUGGAGAUUGGGGAGAGUAUUAGUAUGUUUGUCAUCGCGAGUGUGCUUUGUGUUUUUGUCGCAGGACUUGAAGCUUUAUCGGAAGUUUUCGUGAGAGGGGUGGAGUUUAGGGACGAGGAGGAGGAGGAGGAUGAUGUGGUGGUACGGAUUACGGCGAAUGGGAGUUCUGGUGAUGGGAUGAGGAAACGGGGCAAGGAAGCUAAUGGUGGGCUUAAUGGGAAACCGCCGCCAGAGGUUGUGGCGGAUAAUGCUGGUUGAUUGAUUAUCAUGUGGGAAGAAAUAGAAAGGAAAGCUUGUUUGUGUAUAUGAACUUUUAUAGAUGUGCAUGGCAUGGCAUGCAUGGUUGUACAGGAUUGAUCGUCUUCG